GGUACAAAUUUGCUACUGUUGAGGCUUGUCCGGCUGCCUGCUGACAAUGCACCAGACCAAGAGAAAGAGGAGUAUGCUCGGUGGAAAAAGGCUGACGAGAUGGCGAAGUGUUACAUCUUGGCAUAUUUUUCGAAUGUACUUCAACAUCAACAUCAGUCUAUGAACACUGCAGCAGAGAUGCUUCUUAAUCUCAAGGAGUUAUUUGGUCAUCAGUCACGGGCUGCCCGACAAGAAGCCAUGAGGGUUCUGAUGAACAUGACCAUGCGCGAGGGCACUCCCGUAAGGGAACAUGUUCUUGCUAUGAUGGCCCAGCUGAAUGAGCUGGAGGUUCUUGGGGCUUUUAUUUAUGGGGAAACCCAAGUCGAUAUAGUGCUCCAGUCUUUGCCGAAGAGCUUCAAGAAAUUCCGGUUGAAUUACAACAUGAAUAAGGUGUUGAUGACUCUUCCGGAACUUGUUGCUGAGCUUCAGGCGGCAGAGGGCCUGUUUCGUCAGAAGACCCAAGCCAUGGUGGCCCAGCGGGGAGAAGCUUCCACUUCUAAGGCUCCUAAGGGCAAGAAGAGGAAGAAGUCCACAGGAAAGGGCAAAGCGGUCAUGAGUGACGCGCAACCUCGACAAAAGGCAAGGAAGCCGAAAGGUAAGUGCUACAACUAUCAGCAGAAAGGACACUGGAAGGCAAACUGCCCUCUUCCCAAGAAAAGAGAAGAGGUGGGGAUUACGGCUCGUAUGUCGGUGAUAAGUUUCAAGGCGGAGGAUGCCGAGGGAGUGGUCCUGCCGCAAAAUGAUGCUUUGGUGACAAACGCGGAGGUUGCAGGCUUUGACGUGAAGAGGGUGUUUAUUGAUACCGGGAGUUCGGUAGAUGUGAUGUUCUACAACU